ACUACAUCAAACCUAACGACUUACACAAUCUGAACUACAUCACAUUAAAAUGGAUGUACUAAAAUUUGGGCAGAGCUCUUCACUGGGUUACAUUCUGUUCAUCGUCGGUUCGGCCACAUUGCCUAUCUUUCUUCUCUUCAUUCUGUUCCGCAGAUCUGUUGGUCAAUCUGCAUCCAAAUCAUUGCCUUUACCAGCUGACGACGAGAUUGUUCGCCUUCGUGUAUACCCGGUCAAAUCAUGCCGCGGUUUUGACGUAAAGUCAACGCAGCUUCUACGAACUGGUCUAGACUUGGAUCGUAACUGGUUGUUCGUCACGGCUGAUAAGCAUGAAUUCAUCACGAUCAGGGCGAAUUCAAACAUGACUCUUAUCAUAACAGCUUGGGACGCUGAUACCGACACACUCACAAUUUCUCUUAAUGAACACAAGAUUGAGAUUCCCGCUCAUCCUACGACUCAAUGGCUUAAGAACAACACUGAACUCAAGAAGGCGACUAUUUGGGGCGAGCAAACCGAUGCCUGGGAAUACGCCGAGAGUCUGACCAAGCCCAUCUCGGAGUUCCUAAACAUGGACGUUCGUCUGAUGUACAAAGGUCCUACACCGCGAGUUCUACGUGGAAGCGGAGCUCCUCACCGUCUUGGUCGUACUGAGGCUACCAAAUUUGCCGAUAUGAUGCCUGUGCUGGUUGCCUCUAUGGCGAGCAUGAAUGAACUUAACGAGCGUCUCACUCAGGCUGGAGAGGAUAAGAUUGAGAUCGAUCGGUUCCGCCCCAAUGUCAUCAUCCGAGGAAGCGUGCCAUGGGUGGAGGACGGAUGGAAGACUCUCCAAAUUGGCGAGGGUGAGCACCGUCUCGACCUUGAUGUAGUGUGCCGAUGUCUGCGAUGUCAGGUACCCAAUGUUCACCCAAUUACUGCUGAUAAGCACCCGCGUCAGCCGUGGAACCAGCUGAUGAAAUAUCGACGAAUCGACCCUGGACUGAAGUUCAAGCCGAGCUUUGGCAUGCUUUGUGCACCGAGUGAUGAGGGUCACAUCGAGGUUGGCAUGAAAUUCCAGGUCACGGCCAUGACGAAUGAUCACUUCUUCAUUAGCCCAAUGAAGUAAAACGAGUUGUUGGAAAGUGUUUGGGGGAGUUGCCUAACUUCUGUGGCGAGGUAACCAUGUACAAAGCGAAGGACGAUGAGAAUGAAAAUGAUAACAAGACUAUGUUUAGGUAAUGGUUCACAUGGAUUGUACGCUGUUCAAUUAUGGACACUUGGAUGGACACUUGGAUAGGCACACUAGCUGACUGUAUUGUGUUCUCCUCUUUUAAGUGGCAGUGCUGGAUCAGCCAAGCCAGCACAAGAUUAAAAGCUUUGACAAGGAAUUAGAUCGGGUUCAAGGAUUCAGAGACUAAAGUCUGCUGUCAUAACUAGUUUAAGCAUGCCUGGAUCCAAUAUAUAAGUUUAUAAACGAGGCUGAUUCGAGAAUCUGGGAUGAAUUUCUGAAGGGAAGACGAGCGCGGGCCUUGAUUUCAGUCUUACCCUUCACCCUUCCUUUUCACAUUUCGGUUUGUCUG